AUGACUUUGCAAUAUAUGCUGCUUUUAGAGAAAGCAAUAAACAAGACAUUGAGUAGUCCAGUGACUGAGAAGAUUAACGUGCUGUCUGAGCUGAUGGUAAACAUCUCAGCUUGUGUAUCUCUGGACCGUUUUUAUGGAUUUGAUUCUCUUGAAGAAAUGGAACAAAAAGCACAAGAAUUAAUGCGACAGAAUGACUUCCUAGCUAGUGUGAUAUUCAACAUUACUGGGAGCAACAAAUCAUCUGCCCCUUCUCCUUGUUCACUUCCACCUCAUGUGAGUUACACCAUCAGGACCAGUGUGUUCCACAGCAUGAGGACAGACCAACUGCAGAACCCAGUGUGGGCAGUUCACCCCAAGACGGUGCCCAUGGCCAGCUUCCGAUACAACCGUAUCUUCAUUCCACUUCAGGACAUGAUUGAACGGGCAAUUAUUUCAGUUCAGACUCAGAAGGACAUUACUGAACCCCUGUCGGUUGUUCAGGCUAUGCCAUACCCAUGUCAUUUCCAAGAUCAAUUCCUGGGAAGCCUUGGGUUUUUAUUCCCAUUGUUAAUGAUGCUGGCUUGGAUGAUCUCAGUUGCCAGCAUGGUUCGACAACUUGUCUAUGAGAGGAAACUACAACUGGAAAUGUAUUUGGAGCUAAUGGGAGUCAAGCCAGGCACCCAUCUUAUAGUAUGGCUGCUGGAGAACAUGGUCCUUCUGGCAGCCAGCAGUGCCCUUCUGGUCAUCAUCUUCAAGAUAAGUGGGAUUCUCCCGCACAGUGAUUCCCUCCUCCUAUACCUCUUCCUUCUGGACUUCAGAGUGUCGAUCAUCAUGUUCAGUUACCUCAUUAGUGCUUUCUUCAGCAAUGCCAAUGUGGCAGCUAUGUGUGGCAGCAUCCUGUACAUGAUCACUUUCUUCCCCUUCAUGAUCCUGGUGGUACUCCAGAGUCGACUGUCCUUCUCUGUCCAGACUCUCAUUUGCCUCCUCUCAACAACUACUUUCAGCCAGGGAGCUUAUUAUCUGAUGUAUUUGGAAAACAACAGAAAAGGUAUCCAGUGGACAAACAUGUAUGAAGCUCCACUGAAUGGGGAAGACCUAAGUUUUGGCUGGAUGUGCUGGGUGAUUUUGAUUGACUCAUUUCUCUACUUUGUACUUGGGUGGUAUUUUAAUAAUGUAUUCCCAGGUGUUGACCAUGGAAGACGAGGUCCCAGGAAAUGGGACAGAUUUGGCAGAUUUAAGUCCUGGAGUUGUUCUUACAGUAGGUCACUGACCAAGGAAUUUACAGGUUUUGGAGGACAUGGGGUCAGAGAUCUGAAUCUUACCUUCUACAGGGGAAACGUUACCUCUAUGUUGGGGCCCAAUGGAGCAGGCAAGACCACAACUAUCUCCCUGGUGACUUGCCUACUGCAGCCCUCCUCAGGCACAGUGUUUGUGAAUGGGAGAAGUACACAUCAGGAUCUGCUUGCAGUGAGAAGGGAGCUAGGAGUAUGCCUGCAGGAAGAUGUGCUGUUCCACUGUCUCACGGUCAGGGAGCACCUCCUGCUGUAUGGGUCUAUCAAAGCCCCUCACUGGGGGAGGAGACAGCUCACUCAGAAAGUCAGUAGAGCCCUUGAUGAUGCUGGGUUGAGAGAACAUGAACAUAAAAAGGUGGUAGCAUUGUCUGGGGGAACAAAGAGAAAGCUUUCAAUUGCCAUUGCUUUUAUUGGUGACCGCAACACCAUUAUUUUGGAUGAGCAUACGAGUGGGGAAGAUCCUUGUUCAUGAAGAAGUAUCUGGAACACAGAAAUACAGAACAAGAUGAUUACAUUAAAGAAGGCCACCAGGGGAUAUCCUCUUGACCUGACUGGUGCACCAGUUGCCACCAGUGGAAAUACUAUUAUCCUCACCACACACCAUCUGGAUGAGGCAGAGAUCAUCAGUGAUCGGAUUGCCAUCCUGGAACAAGGGAUACUCAAGUGCUGGGGCUCCCCUGCCUACUUGAAGCAAGUCUACAGCCCAGGCUACAGCCUAACUCUCAUAACAACAAACAGUCUACCUGGACGUGGGGGCUCCUGUGUUGAACAGAUUGUUACAUCUCUAAUAAAAAGACAGAUACCAGAUGCUUUCCUAAAAGACAGUUUUGGUGGUGAAUUAACUUACAUCAUUCCAGCCACACUAGAUAACAGCCAAUACAAGAGACUCUUCCAAAAUCUGGAUGCAAAUAUGGAAAACCUACAUCUCCAUGGUUAUGGGAUUUCAGCUGGCACGCUUGAAGAGAUUGAGCAGUCAUUAGCUGAAAAGUUGCUGAAUGCAAUCAUAGGUGAUAACUCAGAUGUAGAGGAUUUGUCAGAUGGUGAAGAUGUUGAGCCAGGUGAUUAUGACAAUUCAACUGAUGAUUACUCUCCACCGGAUUCACCAGAACCUGAACAUCAGAACAGUGAUGACAGUGACAAUGAGCCGAGACCCAGUGGGCAUGCCCGCGGGCGUGGUGAAUGUUGGGCAUUUUUGAGUCUUCUCCAGGACACAGACAUAAAAGACUGGACUUACUCACCAGAUGCAGAAGCUUUUACUGUCGGCAGUGUCACAACAAUUAAUAAUGAUGAUCUGACAUGGCCCUUUAGGGACACAGGAGCUGGGUUAUGUCUCAGACAGCUUGCUGCUCUGUUGAUCAAGCGCUUUCAUCACUGCCGGAGAGACUGGAAGGGAGGCGUAGUUCACCUCCUGCUGCCAGUUCUUUUUGUCACCAUGGCAAUGGCUCUGUUCACUGUGAAACCACUGGUUAUUCAUUACCCAGCACUCAGGCUGACUCCCCAGAUGUACAACAGCUCUGAAGGAUGGUUCUUCAGAUUUGGAGGCUGGUCUUUUAGCCGAACCUUUCCCAGUGAAUUUGAACAUGAUCGAAGCAAUUCAUCCUACAUAAAAUCUAUGUGCAAGGUUUGGUACAACCAGCAGGGCUAUCAUACAGGACCAUCCUUCCUUAACCAGCUCAAUAACUUCAUUCUCUGGUCUCACCUUCCACCUGGUACAAACUGGAAACAGUAUGGAAUAACACUAAAUAGUCAUCCUUAUGGUGUCGCCUUUCUGGAUGAAGACAGAAUCCAGGAGAGUAUUCGGCAGUGUGGUGUUGUCUUGUGUAUCCUGUUGGGAUUCUCCAUCCUCACAGCCAGCCUUGGCACAGUAGUAGUCAGAGAUCAUGUCUCGGGGGAGAAGCGGCUACAACAUAUUUCUGGACUCAACCAUAUAAUCUACUGGGCCUCUAAUUUCAUAUUUGAUAUGGUGUUCUACCUUGUCCCAGUUGGUCUGUGCCUUGGGGUGUUUACAGCAUUCCAGCUGCCUGCCUUCAUAUUCCGGGAGAACCUCACUGCAGCUGCCCUGCUGCUGGUCCUAUUUGGGUUUUCAACACUGUCAUGGAUGUACCUUGUUUCUCAGUUGUUCUCCAGCCCAGACAUUGCUUUCAUUGUCUACAUCUCUGUGAACUUUGUUUUCGGGCUUGGCACAGUGUUCCUUAGCUUUCUACCUCGCUUCCUGGCUCUUCUGUCUUACAAACAGAGUUUGCACAACAUGUAUAAUACUCUUCGGUGGGCAUUUAUCAUCUUCCCUCAGCUUUGCCUUGGGCAAGGGCUGAUUGAACUGUCUUAUAAUCAGAUGAAGUUUGACCUGACACACCACUUUGGAAUUGACUCCUAUAUCAGCCUAUUUCACAUGGACUUUUUGGUCUGGAACUUAAUUUCCAUGGUGACUCAAGGCAGCUUAUUUCUUUUACUACAUCUUUGGCCGAACCGGGACUUUCACUGGCAUCAAAGUUUGUGCUUUUGCCUGCUUGGCAUCAAUGGUGCUGGAAAGACAACAACAUUUAAGAUGCUGACAGGAGAUCUUGCACCAUCUUCUGGACAGGCCAUAAUAAGGAAUAAUAUUGGAACAGAGUUGGAAAUCAGAGAUGCAAGCUCACAAGGGAUCAUGAGUGGUUACUGUCCUCAGUCAAAUGCAUUAGAUAACCACCUCACUGGGUGGGAACAUCUGUACUAUUACUGUCGAAUUUGAGGAAUUCCAGAAACUCACAUCAAAAAGGUCACCCAGAGUCUUGUUCUACGGCUGCAUCUGUCUGCCCAUGUUAAUGAGCUGGUGGGAACAUAUAGCGGAGGCACAAAGAGGAAACUAUCUACAGCACUGGCACUGAUUGGCAAACCUCAAGUGCUUCUUCUGGAUGAACCCAGCUCAGGCAUGGAUCCUGUCUCCAAGCGAUAUCUCUGGAGAGCAGUUUUGAGGGAAGUCCAGGAUAGCUGUGCAGGUGUGCUGACUACACACAGCAUGGAGGAAUGUGAAGCAUUCUGCACACGGCUGGCUAUAAUGGUAAAAGGAAAAUUCAGAUCUCCUCAGCAUGUCAAGAAUAGGUAUGGAAGAGGUUACUCAGUUAAAGUAAGGCUUGGCAAAGACUCAUCAGACCCAAAAGUACUCACUCACCUUCUGACUUUGCACUUCCCCGGAACAUACCUGAAGGAGCAGCACCUAGGGGUGACUGAGUACUGGGUACCUAAAAGGGAAGGCUACUUAUUAGAGCUGUUCAGGCUCUUAGAAGAAAACCGAGAGAGCCUCCAAAUUGAGCACUGCUCCAUCAGCCAAACCACUUUAGAUCAGGUAAUAUUGGAUUUUUCGCUUGGGAUGAGUGUGACUGUUUUUUUUAUAAACAAAAACAUGGUGCCCUCUGUAUAG